CAGGCGCGCACUGCGUGCGUAGCCCGCGCGUCGCGUUCCGUCGCGCCCCCUCCCGGUCCCCGGGGCAGUGGCGGCGGCGGGAGCUCGCGGGCCCGAGGAGUAAGCUAGUUGGAAGGCUGAGAGGUGUCUGCACAAGUGCGAAUAACAGUACAUCAGCGUCAACCUUUGCCACACAGAAGCGAGACAGGUUUUCCCAAAACGUCCCAGCGAGUUCCAUGUUCUAGACUUUCAGAUUGGUUGGGCAGCUUCUAAGCUGAUAUAUUACCAGCAUCAUGAACUGGAACAAAGGUGGACCUGGCACCAAGAGAGGCUUUGGUUUUGGUGGGUUUGCCAUAGCCCCUGGAAAAAAAGAGGAACCUAAGCUCUCUCAACAGUCCCAUAGCGCUUUUGGAACAGCUGGCUCUUCUGCUGGGUUUGGGAAGUCAGGGCCACCUCAGCUCCCUUCCUUCUACAAAAUUGGUUCCAAGAGAGCUAACUUUGAUGAGGAGAAUGCGUACUUUGAGGAUGAAGAAGAAGAUUCCAGCAAUGUUGAUUUGCCAUACAUUCCUGCAGAGAAUUCCCCCACUCGCCAGCAGUUUCAUUCCAAAUCAGGAGAUUCUGAUAGUGAAGAUGAUCCUCUGGAAGCAUUCAUGGCUGAAGUGGAGGAUCAAGCUGCUCGGGACAUGAAGAGACUUGAAGACAAAGACAAGGAAAGAAAGAAUACAAAGGGUAUUCGAGAUGACAUUGAAGAGGAAGAUGACCAAGAAGCUUAUUUCCGCUACAUGGCAGAAAACCCUAAUGCUGGUGUGGUACAAGAAGAGGAGGAAGAUAACCUGGAGUAUGACAGUGAUGGAAAUCCAAUUGCACCAUCCAAAAAAAUCAUCGAUCCACUUCCACCUAUCGAUCAUUCAGAGAUUGAAUACCCUCCAUUUGAGAAGAACUUCUAUGAUGAGCACGAAGAGAUCACCACCCUCACACCCCAGCAGGUGGUGGAGCUGCGACAUAAGUUGAACCUUCGGGUCUCUGGUGCUGCUCCUCCAAGGCCGGGCAGUAGUUUUGCCCAUUUUGGAUUUGAUGAACAACUUAUGCAUCAGAUUAGGAAAUCUGAGUAUACCCAGCCCACUCCUAUACAGUGUCAGGGUGUUCCAGUUGCACUGAGCGGCAGAGAUAUGAUUGGCAUAGCUAAGACUGGCAGUGGCAAAACAGCAGCCUUUAUUUGGCCAAUGUUGAUUCACAUCAUGGAUCAAAAAGAACUGGAACUGGGUGAUGGUCCCAUUGCAGUGAUUGUGUGCCCAACCAGAGAGCUUUGCCAGCAGAUCCAUUCAGAAUGCAAGCGCUUUGGUAAAGCAUAUAACUUACGCUCUGUAGCAGUGUAUGGUGGUGGAAGUAUGUGGGAACAAGCAAAGGCUCUUCAGGAAGGAGCGGAGAUAGUGGUCUGCACACCAGGUCGCUUGAUUGAUCAUGUGAAGAAGAAAGCUACCAAUCUUCAGAGGGUCUCGUAUCUUGUAUUUGAUGAAGCAGAUCGAAUGUUUGAUAUGGGUUUCGAAUACCAGGUCAGAUCAAUUGCCAGCCAUGUGCGUCCAGACAGACAAACUCUCUUGUUCAGUGCUACUUUCCGAAAGAAAAUUGAGAAAUUGGCAAGAGAUAUCCUGAUAGACCCAAUUCGCGUGGUGCAGGGAGACAUUGGAGAGGCAAAUGAAGAUGUUACUCAGAUUGUAGAGAUUUUCCUCUCUGGCCCUACCAAGUGGAACUGGCUGACUCGACGCCUGGUGGAGUUCACUUCUUCUGGGAGUGUUCUCCUGUUUGUCACCAAGAAAGCAAAUGCAGAAGAGCUAGCCAAUAAUCUCAAGCAGGAGGGUCAUAAUCUAGGCCUCCUUCAUGGUGAUAUGGACCAGAGUGAAAGGAAUAAAGUCAUUUCAGAAUUUAAGAAAAAGGGAAUCCCAAUACUGGUUGCUACUGAUGUGGCAGCUCGUGGUUUGGAUAUUCCUUCUAUUAAGACUGUGGUCAAUUAUGAUGUGGCCCGGGACAUAGAUACCCACACCCACAGAAUUGGACGCACAGGCAGAGCAGGCGAGAAGGGAGUAGCCUACACUUUGCUGACUCCCAAGGACAGUAAUUUUGCUGGUGAUCUUGUCAGAAAUCUGGAAGGUGCCAAUCAGCAUGUUUCGAAAGAGCUGUUGGACCUUGCAAUGCAGAACCCCUGGUUCCGGAAAUCCCGUUUCAAGGGAGGAAAAGGCAAGAAGCUGAACAUUGGAGGUGGUGGCUUGGGAUACCGUGAACGCCCCGGCCUGGGCUCAGAAAAUUCUGACCGUGGGAACAACAGCAACGUAAUGAGUAAUUAUGAGGCAUACAAGCCAUCCACUGGGGCAAUGGGAGACAGACUGUCUGCAAUGAAAGCAGCAUUUCAGUCCCAGUAUAAGAGUCAUUUCAUUGCAGCCAGCCUGAACAACCAAAAAAGUGGUAGCUCCACCGCUGGUGCCAGUGGCUGGACCAGUGCUGGGAGUCUGAAUUCAGUACCAACGAAUUCAGCACAGCAGAGUGCUGCAAAUCCUGAGAGCCAGCUUGCUACAGCUGCAGCAAAGGGGAUCCCUGGGUUCACCAGUGCCGGGAAUCUGAGCAGCGUCCCCAGCUUCCCACCCAUUGGGAUUCAGGGAUACAAUAACAUGAACACCAGCAGUAACAACCGAGAAGGUGGCCCUGGUAUUGGUGGCCCUGGCAUCGGUGGCCCUGGUAUUGGUGGCCCUGGCAUCGGUGGCCCUGGUAUUGGUGGCCCUGGCAUCGGUGGCCCUGGUAUUGGUGGCCCUGGCAUCGGUGGCCCUGGUAUUGGUGGCCCUGGCAUCGGUGGCCCUGGUAUUGGUGGCCCUGGCAUCGGUGGCCCUGGUAUUGGUGGCCCUGGCAUCGGUGGCCCUGGUAUUGGUGGCCCUGGCAUCGGUAGCCCUGGUAUUGGUGGCCCUGGCAUCGGUAGUGGCAGAGAGAGAUACAAUGACAACCGCAGCGGGCGCCACAGUGACAGUCCGCGCCACAGUGAUGGAGGUGGGCGCCACAGUGAUGGUCAGCGUCAUGGAGAUGGAGGUGGCCGCCACGGUGAUAGUUACCGCCACGGAGAUGGCCGACAUUUCUACAAGGAGAAAGCAGCAGAGGACAGCCAUCGCCACAGUGAAAGCCGGCAUUCUGCUGGUGGAAGCGGCAGCAGCCGACACAGCGACAGCCGUAAUAAUGGUGACCCCAGGAAUAGUGGUGACCCCCGGAAUAGCAAUGAAGGAAGAAUCAAUGAGAGCAGGAACAUCGAGAGCAAGAACAGCGAGAACAGGAAAGAAGGCGGUAACCGAGACAACAAGUCAGAUGGUUUUGCUGUCCCAGAGCCCCCAAAACGCAAGAAGAGUCGAUGGGACAGUUAAAAGUGGGUGAAUUGCAACUUAAAAUCCCUGCAGGGGGCGGUGUCUCUUUAUGGAGGAUUUCCUGGUAUUUGGUAACUGGUUACUGAGCAGCUGGGGGCGAGAAGGAAACCAUACAAGUUCCUGUGUGAGGCGGGGCCAGUAUGCCUGUAGACAGCUUCACUCUAAUGACAUGUACACACAAUGCUAUUGUCAGAGAGAGAUCAUUUUUAUAAAGCUUUCCUGGGUUUUGCUUUUAAAAAUUAAUUGCUCAUGUGACUUUCUGCUGGAUUUAAAACCAGAUCCUGUUAACAAGAAAGCAGUCAUUUGUUUUGCACACUGCAAACAUUUAAGAAACUGUUGUCCAGACAGGUUUAAAGGGUUUUUUGUUUUAUUCUGGCUUGUUUUUUUAAAUCAGUGUACACAUUUACAAGCCCAGCCCAUCUGAAGAUGCUCAGGACUCACCUGUUAGACAUUAACUUUUCAGCAAUUUGUGCGAUACUGUGAGUUUUCUCUAAUCUGUUCCUUCAUUUUCCCUGCCCCUCCACCGCUUCCCUUCCUCCCAGCCCCUCCACCGCCCAAAUAAUUUGGUCUCAGGCUCACCUCCUGAUUAAGAAUGUAUACAUGUGUGUUGAUAAUGAUCAGAGAGAGGGUUGAUCUUUAUUGGGCAGCGUUAAGAGUUUUGUCUAGCCCAGCUUACUAUAAUUCAACAUUUUGCAUAGGCCCGAUUCGCCAUCCUGUUAAUAGCAAAUACAAUGAUCCCACUGCUUUUAUUUUUGAUGAGCCCCCCCUCUUACCUAAAAUCUUCACCUUGGAAGCCUGCAUAGCAUGUGUCUCUGCUGUGCCUAUUCUGCCCUCUGUUGUGAGAGGGUUUGUUCAUUUCCCAGACAAAAGGGAAAACUUCUCCUAUGUGUCACGCUAAAUAUGGGCCAGCGUCCCCCUCCCUUGCCCUGGGAGAUGAGACUAACUGGGGAAGAUUUUAUAUGUUAGUUAAGGGGCCUGCAGCUGAAAAGCUUUUAGGGGACCCCAGAACAGUGACUGGCAAAAUGACCUGACUCAGAUAUUCAUCCUGUCUCAGAGACCUAGUCAAAAUGUAAAAUCUCGCUUGACUGGUUUUAACUCUUGAUUUGUCAUGUGUAUUACCUGUUUUUUUAACUUUUCUUUUGCCCUCAGUAAGAAAAAAAUAUUUAGCUGAAGCAGUUCAAUGCCCACCUCUGUCUUAUUUCUACAAGGAGAAGUGUCAGAAACUGUCAGGUUUUUGUGAUCUUGUGAUGUUUUCUUUAUCAGCUGUGCAUUUACUUUCUGCUUGCUCUAGUAAAUGUUUUAUUAUUGGGAUACAACA